GGCCGCUGGGCGCGAGACGGGCCAGGAGGAGCGGGUCCGCGCGGCGGGCGAGGCGGAGACGAGGCGGCGGCAGAGCGAGCGCGGGAGGUCGCCGCAGCCGGGGGACGCCGCGCGCCGCUGCCCAUCAUGGUCGCUGCGCACGCUGCCCAUUCUUCCUCCUCCGCCGAGUGGAUCGCCUGCCUGGAUAAAAGGCCAUUAGAACGAUCCAGUGAAGAUGUGGAUAUAAUCUUCACGCGGCUGAAAGAAGUUAAAGCUUUUGAGAAAUUUCACCCAAAUCUCCUUCAUCAGAUUUGCUUAUGUGGUUAUUAUGAGAAUCUGGAAAAAGGAAUAACAUUAUUUCGCCAGGGUGAUAUUGGAACCAACUGGUAUGCUGUCCUGGCAGGGUCUUUGGAUGUUAAAGUUUCUGAGACCAGCAGUCACCAGGAUGCAGUGACCAUCUGCACUCUGGGGAUUGGGACAGCCUUUGGAGAGUCCAUUCUGGACAACACUCCCCGCCAUGCGACAAUUGUUACGAGGGAAAGCAGUGAACUUCUCCGCAUCGAGCAGAAGGACUUCAAGGCACUAUGGGAGAAGUAUCGACAGUACAUGGCAGGACUUCUGGCUCCUCCUUAUGGUGUUAUGGAAACAGGCUCUAACAAUGACAGGAUUCCCGACAAGGAGAACACACCUCUCAUUGAACCUCACGUUCCUCUUCGUCCUGCUAACACCAUUACCAAGGUUCCUUCAGAGAAGAUCCUCAGGGCUGGAAAAAUAUUGCGAAAUGCCAUUCUCUCUCGAGCACCUCACAUGAUAAGAGAUAGAAAAUACCACCUAAAGACAUACAGACAAUGCUGCGUGGGGACCGAGCUGGUGGACUGGAUGCUGCAGCAGACUCCAUGUGUUCACUCCCGAAUGCAAGCUGUUGGCAUGUGGCAAGUCCUGGUAGAAGACGGUGUUCUCAACCACGUGGACCAGGAGCAUCAUUUCCAAGAUAAAUAUUUAUUUUAUCGAUUUCUGGAUGAUGAGCAUGAGGAUGCCCCUCUGCCUACAGAGGAGGAGAAAAAGGAGUGUGACGAGGAGCUGCAAGACACCAUGCUGCUGCUGUCGCAGAUGGGCCCGGACGCCCACAUGAGGAUGAUCCUCCGCAAACCACCUGGCCAGAGGACCGUGGAUGACCUAGAAAUUAUCUAUGAAGAACUCCUUCACAUUAAAGCCUUAUCCCAUCUUUCUACCACGGUGAAACGGGAGUUAGCAGGUGUUCUCAUUUUCGAGUCCCACGCCAAAGGAGGAACCGUGUUGUUUAACCAGGGGGAAGAAGGCACCUCCUGGUACAUUAUUCUAAAAGGAUCAGUGAAUGUAGUCAUUUAUGGCAAGGGUGUGGUCUGCACGCUGCACGAAGGCGAUGACUUCGGCAAGUUAGCGCUAGUGAAUGAUGCCCCGAGAGCUGCCUCCAUCGUCUUGCGAGAAGAUAACUGCCAUUUCUUAAGAGUAGACAAGGAGGAUUUUAACCGGAUCCUGAGGGACGUUGAGGCGAAUACAGUCAGACUUAAAGAACAUGACCAAGAUGUCUUGGUGCUGGAGAAGGUCCCAGCAGGGAACAGGGCUUCUAAUCAAGGAAACUCACAGCCUCAGCAAAAGUAUACUGUGAUGUCAGGAACACCUGAAAAAAUUUUAGAGCAUUUUCUAGAAACGAUACGCCUUGAGCCAGCUUUAAAUGAAGCAACAGAUUCAGUUUUAAAUGACUUUGUCAUGAUGCACUGUGUUUUUAUGCCGAAUACCCAGCUUUGCCCAGCUCUGGUGGCCCAUUACCACGCACAGCCUUCACAAGGUACAGAACAGGAGAAAAUGGAUUAUGCCCUCAACAAUAAGAGGCGAGUCAUCCGCCUGGUUUUGCAGUGGGCCGCCAUGUAUGGAGACAUCCUGCAAGAGGAUGAUGUGGCAAUGGCUUUCCUGGAGGAGUUUUAUGUGUCUGUAUCAGAUGAUGCCCGGAUGAUUGCUGCCCUCAAGGAGCAACUGCCCGAGUUGGAGAAGAUUGUCAAGCAAAUUUCAGAAGAUGCAAAGGCUCCACAAAAGAAGCACAAAGUUCUUUUGCAGCAGUUCAACACAGGCGAUGACAGAGCCCAGAAGCGCCAGCCUAUCCGUGGCUCUGAUGAAGUUCUGUUUAAAGUCUAUUGCAUGGACCACACCUACACGACCAUCCGGGUGCCAGUGGCUGCCUCGGUGAAGGAAGUCCUCAGCGCAGUUGCCGACAAACUAGGCUCUGGGGAAGGCCUGAUCAUCAUCAAGAUGAGUUCCGGAGGAGAAAAGGUGGUGCUCAAACCUAAUGACGUUUCAGUAUUUACGACGCUCACUAUUAAUGGACGCCUGUUUGCUUGCCCGCGAGAGAAAUUCGAUUCACUGACGCCCUUGCCAGAGCAGGAGGGCCCAACUGUUGGAACAAUGGGAACCUUUGAAUUGAUGAGCUCCAAAGAUUUGGCAUACCAGAUGACAGUUUACGAUUGGGACCUCUUCAGCUGUGUGCAUGAGCUGGAGCUAAUCUAUCACACAUUUGGAAGGCAUCAUUUUAAAAAGACCACAGCAAACUUGGAUUUGUUCCUCAGGAGGUUUAAUGAAAUUCAGUUUUGGGUUGUCACUGAGAUUUGCCUUUGCUCCCAGCCUAGCAAGCGUGUUCAGCUCUUAAAAAAAUUCAUUAAGAUCGCGGCCCACUGUAAGGAGUACAAGAAUCUGAAUUCCUUUUUUGCCAUCGUCAUGGGACUAAGUAAUGUUGCUGUGAGCCGCUUGGCACUAACAUGGGAGAAACUGCCAAGCAAGUUCAAGAAGUUCUAUGCGGAGUUUGAAAGUUUAAUGGAUCCUUCAAGAAACCACAGGGCCUACAGGCUGACGGUAGCCAAGCUGGACCCUCCUCUCAUCCCCUUCAUGCCUUUGCUCAUUAAAGAUAUGACAUUUACUCACGAGGGGAACAAGACAUUCAUUGACAAUCUAGUAAACUUUGAAAAAAUGCGCAUGAUUGCAAAUACUGCCAGAACGGUGAGAUACUGCAGGAGCCAACCCUUCAAUCCUGAUGCAGCUCAGGCUAAUAAAAACCAUCAGGAUGUCCGGAGUUAUGUACGACAAUUAAAUGUGAUUGACAACCAGAGAACUUUAUCACAGAUGUCACACAGAUUAGAGCCUCGUCGACCAUAGACAUUUGAAGUGCUCAGAACAACGGUUUGCGUCCAGUCCACAAUCUUUCAAAAAUGCCAUUUAUGCUAGUACUCACUGUAUUGUCACUAGAGAACUCUAUAAAACAAGCAAAAACCCAUCCUGAGACAUCUCAGUGCUGCAUUCAGCUUACCAGCGUCAUGACAAAAGAAGAAAUUCUUUGACUUGCACACAGCUUGCACACACUAGCUUAGGAAUCCCCCGUUUGUAGUCACCGUAUUUUAUUUCCAGUUGUGCCAUCUUCUUUGCUGAAACAUAAAAUAAGACCCACAUGAAGAGUAUGGUAGAAAUAUCAUUGUCAAGAGAAGUAUCAAGCUGAUAUUUUUUUCUAGGAGUGUUUACAGGAUGAGAUGUGCUACAAAUGGUAUUUAUUUGCCUGCAUCGUUGGUGGUAUAGUUUCAUAAUUUCUAACUCAACAUUUUGAUUUGAGCAUGGAGGUUUUGGAAGGGGUUGAGGAAUCCGUGUAACUCCAAAUUAGAGACUGUAUUCUUCCAUCUUCAUAGUUUUACCUCUGAAGGAACUGUACCCGACCACGUUACUACAAAACAUUCUGGCUGCUUAUGUAAUUUAGGGAGGACUGGUCUGUAAUUUCUGAAUGACAUAUAGAAUAAUAUUUAUGUUUACAAUGUAACUUUUUUAAACUUACAAAUCAGGAGUACAUAUAUAAGAAUUCCACUGAGAAACUCCAAGGUUCUUAAAAUU